CAACGAUUGAUUAAGGUUUACCAGUAAGGAAGGUUGAAGAUAACACGACCAAAAUUUAACCUCGGAUUAGAUCGACUUUAUUCAUUCCAUCUAGUUUCAGAGGUAAUCUGUAUAAAAGGACCCUCAUAUUUUAUGUUAAAGAUUCUUUGUUAACACAGUCUUUCACAUGUCUACUGGUGAUAUUCCUGAGAACCUUAUGGUCGUUGGACCUGAGAAGCAAGCUGGUCUUGAUGUCAUUCACAACGAGACCCGAACCGAAACCAUCGAUUCCAUCACCCCUGCUGAGAAGACCUCUCAAACCACUUCUUUGAUCUUCGCCGGUAUUGCCCUUGGCAGUGACGGUUACCAAGCUAACGCCAUCGGUGCUGUCAGCUCUUUCCUCGGAGAGAUCUAUGGAAGCACCUACGACUCCCUAUCCUCUACCAGAGUCAGCAAUGCUAUGCUUAUUGGUGAUAUUGUUGGUCAAAUUGGCUUCGGUUAUUUGAUUGAUCGUGUCGGCCGUAAAUUCGGUAUCCUCGCCUGUACUGCUUUCGUUUGCUUGGGUAUUGUUUUAGCCACUGCUUCCAGCGGUCUUACUCCCCAAGGUCUUUUCUGGAUGUUGUGUAUUGCUCGUGGUGUUACUGGUGUCGGUGUCGGUGGUGAAUACCCAUGCUGCUCUACUGCUACCAAUGAAAGUGCUGAAGAAUCUGGUCGUAGCCGUGGUUUCUGGUUGGUUAUCUGCGGUAACUUCAUCAUUGAUUGUGGUUUCUUGCUCGGAACAAUUGUUCCUGUCAUCCUUCUUGCUAUCUGUGGCGAAAAUGCCUUGGAGCCUGCAUGGCGUUUGACUUUGGGUCUCGGUCUUAUCCUUCCCGUCACUGUUCUGUACUUCCGUCUUAAGAUGCUUAACUCCAAGAUGUACCGCAAGGAGGCUAUGCAACGCAAUGUUCCUUAUGGUCUCAUCUUCAAGCACUACUGGAAGUACCUUGUCGCCUCCGGUGGUAUCUGGUUCCUUUACGAUUUCAUCUCAUACUCCUUCGGUAUCUUCUCCGAUCUCAUUCUCGCUGAGGCUGUUCCCGACAAUACCUUGAUGCAAACUUUGCAAUGGAAUAUUGUCCUUAACGUUUUCUACCCCUUCGGUGCCUUGGCUGGUGCUUUCGUUGUUGAUAAGUGGGGUCGUAAGAACACUAUGGCUGCCGGUUUCUUCAUCCAAGCUGCUUUCGGUAUUGCCAUUGGCGCCUCUGCUCCUCAAUUGAUUAAGGUCUUCCCCUUGUUCGUCAUCAUGUACGGUAUUUUCCUCUUCUUCGGUGAAUUCGGUCCUGGUGAUUGUACCAUUCUCGUUGCCAGUGAAAUUUACCCCACUGCUAUCCGUGGACAAAUGAUGGGUCUCUCCGCUGCCAUUGGUAAGGCUGGUGCUGCCAUCGGUACUCAAGUUUUCAAGCCAAUUUUGGCCGCUCUCAAGGAAACCACUGGCGAUUCCGUCAAGGCUCAAGGUUACCUUUUCAUCAUUGGUUCUUGCAUUGCUAUCCUCGGUGGUAUCCUCACCGUGUGGUUGGUCCCAGAAAUGAGCAAGGAUAGCAUGGCCGAUAACGAUGCUAAGUUCAGACAGUUGCUCAUUGACAACGGUUAUGAUAUUACCCAACUCGGUCUUCAUGAUCCCCAUCCCCAAGACGUCAAGGCUGGACUGGAAUCCGCCGAAGACGAAACCAAGUAAACUCAUUAAUUUCAUCCCUAUCCACAAUAACUUAUUACAAAAUAAUUGAUCCGUCAAAAAUCUUCACUAUGCAAUAUCCACAAAUAUAAAAGGCUUUGAGCCAAGCAUUUCACAAUCUGUAAACUAUACUUCAGUAUGACGCCUCGGUUUCCAAAUGUUGAGUGUAGCAGGACGGUAGUCGGGUGCAUUAGGACCAAUUUGUUCUACAAUAGUUUCUUACAUUGGUUAAGACCAUCAAUGGCAGCAAAGAGUGAUGGUCGAUAAACAUCCUGAAACAUUGACAGCUGACUUUUUGAGAAAAAACCUGCAAGCGAUCUGAGCCGAUUCAAUUUUGAGAAAGCUCCGAUUCAGUAACAGUUUGCAGUUUGCA